AUGUCCACAGAUCAUAGUCAGGGGUUGCCUCUAAAUCCUCAGAACAAGACUCGUUCCCCUACACCGCCCACUCCAAGUAGCACACCAAAGAUCAUUUCAAGGUUCUCAAACACAACUUCUACCAGAACACACAGUCCAGAUUCACCACAACGCACAAGCAACUAUGCGCGAGAUGCGUCCAUCGUCCUCAUUGGCAUGCGCGGAAGUGGCAUGUCGACAUUGGCAGUCCUAGCCUCAAGUACCCUGAGCUUCCGGGUACUCGAUGCAGAUCAACACUUUUACAAAGUCACAGGACUCUCACGAGCUGCCUAUAAGACUGCUCAUGGAAUCACAAAAUAUCGUCAAGAGGAGCUACGGCUGAUGAAAUCUAUGCUUUUCGACAAUCCAAAGGGUGCAGUGAUUGUAUGUGGCCCUGGAGCUGUCGAAGGCAAGGGAAAGGAGUGGCUCGUCGAGUAUGCAAAAGACCAUCUGAUUAUCUACAUCUUGCGAGAGCCUGAAGAAAUCCAAAAGCAUCUAGGCGUGUUCGACGUCGAUACUAUUAGAAACCUUACUCGUCGAGCAGCCCCGGCAUAUAGAAGCUUGUCUAGUUUCGAAUUCUAUAAUGUUUCCGACACAUUAUUACGCAAGCCAGAGUUUACUUCAUUGCGCGGUGAUUUGUCACCCUGGGCACUUACACUCAAGAAUGUCGAGGAAGACUUCCUCCAAUUCAUACACGGCAAAACGGGACGAGACGACUGCUACGACAAAUACAAAGUCCAGCACAGUCUUUCGUCAGUAUUCUUGGAGUCGAGAACCUUCACAUAUGCCUUAUCCGUACCACUUUCGACACUAUUCACCCUCGUCUCUGAGUUCCAAGGGGUGGACAUGGAAGCCGAUGCCGUUGAAUUGACCAUACCUAUGUCAAGUCCAAGUAGUGACGAGCAAGGGAUUGAGGAUACUAAAGCCGAUCAAAUCAGCAGACAAGUGUUUAUUAUCCGAAGAAACAUCCGCCUCCCAAUAUUAUACAGUAUCGAUACUUCCGAGGAGGACCAAGGGGCGAUCGACCAGGUCGAGUACUUCGGGCUUCUGCACCAUGGACUAAGGCUUGCACCAGAUUACCUCUGUGUUGAUCUCAGGUCUGAUACCGCCAAAAUCCAAAGCCUUGUUGCAUCUAAAGGGAGAACAAAGAUCAUAGCACAUUAUGUUGUUUACAACCCUGCGGAGGACGGUUGGGACAAACCAAAGCUAUGGUCCAUGGUCCAGCUAGCCCAGAAUUUAGGCUGCGAUAUCCUCCGUAUCAACCAGGAAGCACUGUGCUUAGAAGACAACUUUGCCGCGCAAUACUUUGUCCAUCGGGUCAAGUCUUCACAGAACCUCUCUAUACCUCUCAUAGCGUUUAACACCGGUAAACACGCUCGCAUUUCCUGUUAUUUGAACUCGAUCCUCACCCCGGUCACUCAUCCACUGGUUCGAAAGUUGGUACCAGAGUGCCCAUCAAGAUCCUUACUCACGGUUCAAGAGGCCCAGAAGGCGGUCUUUGCUUCUUUUCUACUCGAUGACCAGUACUUUGGCAUCUACGGAAACAACACAUCGCAAAGUCUGUCCCCAGCUAUGCAUAACGCUGCAUUUGAGCUCUUGGGUAUGCCGCACCGAUACAACAUCUUCCUCCAGGAGUCAUUGGAUGAGCUCAACAACAUGAUCAAGGACCCCAAUUUUGGAGGGGCCAGUAUUACUGCUCCGUUCAAGACAGCUAUAAUCCCCAAGUUGGAUUUCUUGAGUGACGAGGCCAAAGCUAUUGGGGCUGUCAACACAUUGCUAUGUCUCAAAACACCAAGCAUAGAGUCUUUACUCCACAGAAACACAGCGGGACCAACAGUGGCUCUGUUUGGUGAUAACACUGACUGGAUCGGCAUCCAUACUUGUGUUCAACGCAACUUAUCUCCUAUUAACGCUGUCAGGCGACGGACAACAGGUCUUAUAGUUGGAGCAGGAGGAAUGGCUCGAGCGGCCGCUUAUGCACUCAUUCGUCUGGGCGUUAAGACCAUUCUCAUACAGAAUCGUACUAGGUCAAGAGCAGAAGAGCUCAUUAAGCAAUUUGAAGGUCAUAAGGGUGAUGCAAACAGUCAACAUGAGAUGUUAUCUCGAGGCAUGCUAAAGGACAGUGAAACCCCAGAUCUUAUAUUAGAUCCGGUCUUCAGGAUUAUCGACUCCAAAGACAGUCCGUUGCCAGACGAUGUCAAUCCUCCAACAAUUAUUGUUUCAUGUAUCCCCACCAAGGAUAUGGAUGGAACAUGCUCCGUGGAUACAAGUAUUCCCGUCAGCUGGCUAUCAAGUCCGACCGGUGGCGUCGUUAUCGAGCUCUCAUACACACCACUCGAGACGCCGCUCUUGAAGCAAAUUAACGGUUUAGCUGAAAAGGGGUGGAUUCCUGUAGACGGCCUCCAGGUUCUCCCGGAACAGGGAAUGAUGCAAUUCGAGUUAUUUACAAAUCGCCGCGCACCAGCCAAUGUCAUGAGGGAGGAGGUAUUUCGAGCAUAUAAUCGGCGUAAUGGGAAGUCACUUUAA